AUGAAGAAAUUUUUAAUAAUUGGAGCACUCCUCCUUUUGCUAUAAAUAACUUAGGUGAAUGCAAGUAUUAAUGAAGUUUAAACUAGAUUGCAUGUAAUUGGCUCAAGAUUUCAAAUGCACAUACAUGCAUUUAUAAUGCACAGAUAAUCUCAAUGGUGAAUGCUCUUGCGAAGAUGGUUCUACUUGUAGAUGGAAAGAUGGCAUUGGUGAUGAUAAUUGUCCUUGUGGAGGAGCCAAGCCUAGAAGAAGAAGAAGAAGAGUACACGAUGGUCUGUGA